ACCCAUUAUCCCAAUCAUAAAACCAUUGAGAGGACUGAGAAAAAUCAACUCAGACUCAGAGCUAGCUAGUGAGCUGCAAAAAUGGCAAAGGAAGAGCAUUUACCAUUGUUUGAGACAAAAAAAGCCAAGGGAAGAGUCUUAUUUAGGAUUUUUGCAGCUUCUAUAUUUGCAGGCAUAUGUUUGAUUUGGGUUUACAGAGUAAGUCACAUACCAAAAGCAGGAGAAGAUGGAAGGUUUGCCUGGAUUGGAUUGUUGGGUGCUGAGAUAUGGUUUGGUUUUUACUGGCUCCUCACUCAAGCCUCCAGGUGGAACCCUGUUUAUAGGCACACCUUCAAGGACAGGCUCUCUCAAAGAUAUGAGAAUGAGUUGCCUGGGGUGGACAUAUUUGUGUGCACGGCGGAUGCAAGCAUAGAGCCACCAAUGAUGGUGAUGAACACUGUUCUGUCAGUCAUGGCUUAUGAGUAUCCACCAGAGAAGCUGAGUGUGUAUCUCUCAGAUGAUGGAGGGUCAGAAAUUACAUACUACGCCCUCAUGGAGGCUGCUGAGUUUGCCAAACACUGGAUACCAUAUUGCAAGAAAUAUAAUGUGGAGCCAAGAUCACCUGCUGCUUAUUUUGUCUCAAAACAUGGUGAUGAUGCAGUUGAAGAUAAUCAUCAGGCUAAAGAUUUCGUGUUUAUCAAGAAAUUAUACAAGUACAUGGAGAAUAAAAUCGAAAAUGCAGUGAAGCUAGGCCAGGUUUCAGACCAAGUACGAUCAAAACAUAAAGGCUUUUCUCAGUGGGAUUCAUAUUCAUCUCGACGUGAUCAUGACACCAUUCUUCAAAUAGUAAUUGAUGGAAGAGACCCGAUUAAUGCAACAGAUAAUGAAGGUUGUAAGUUGCCAACUUUAGUGUAUUUGGCUCGAGAGAAGAGACCCCAGUGUCACCAUAACUUCAAAGCUGGUGCUAUGAAUGCUCUGAUUAGGGUAUCUUCAAACAUUAGCAAUGGGAAGUUACUUCUUAAUGUAGAUUGUGAUAUGUAUUCAAACAACUCCUUGGCCAUACGAGAUACGCUUUGUUUCUUAAUGGAUGAAGAGAAAGGCCAUGAGAUUGCAUUUGUACAGUUCCCACAGAAUUUCAAAAACCUUACUAAGAAUGAAUUAUACGCUUCAUUACGCGUAAUCAAUGAGGUGGAAGCACAUGGUGUGGAUGGUUAUGGUGGCCCUCUAUAUGUUGGAACUGGAUGCUUUCACAGGAGAGAUACACUUUGUGGGAGGAAAUUCAGCAAGGAUUCUAAGAGUGAUAUGAAGUGGGAUAAUAGAAAAAGAGAAGAACUUGGCAUUCAUGAAUUGGAAGAAAACACAAAAAGUCUUGCAAGUUGUACAUUUGAAGAGAACACUCAAUGGGGAAAAGAGAUGGGCUUGAAAUAUGGAUGUCCAGUUGAAGAUAUAAUAACGGGGCUAUCAAUCCAUUGCCGGGGAUGGAAAUCGGUGUAUUGCAAUCCAGCAAGGGAAGCUUUCUUAGGAUUAGCUCCAGCCACACUGCCUCAUAUACUUGUGCAGCAUAAGAGAUGGUCAGAAGGUAACUUUCAUAUUUUUCUUUCUAAGUACAGUCCUGCUUGGUAUGCCUAUGGGAAGAUUAGGUUAGGCCAUCAACUUGGAUAUCUUCGCUACUCCCUCUGGGCUUCAAAUUGCUUGGCAACCCUAGUUUACUCAACUCUCCCUUCGCUUUACCUCCUUAGAGGCGCAUCCUUAUUUCCACAGAUGUCAAGUCCAUGGCUCAUACCAUUUGCUUAUGUGAUCAUUGGCAAGUACACUUGGAGCUUUGUGGAGUUUCUGUGGUGUGAUGGUACAAUAUUAGGUUGGUGGAACGAGCAACGCAUAUGGCUUUACCAGAGAACAAGCUCCUACCUCUUUGCCUUCAUAGAUACCAUUCUAUUCUCCAUCGGAUACACUAAUUCAGCCUUUGUAAUCACAGCCAAGGUGGCAGAAGAAGAUGUGUCGAAGCGAUAUGAGAAAGAGAUUAUGGAGUUUGGAGCCUCCUCUCCAAUGCUCACCAUUUUGGCAACACUUGCGUUGCUCAAUCUGUGCUGCUUUGCUGGGUUUGUAUUGGAAGAAGCAAUUGCUGGAUCAAAGGGCAUUGCAAAAGCUUACGAGACUAUGUCUUUGCAGGUUCUUCUGUGUGGGGUUUUGAUUCUCAUUAACCUACCUUUGUACCAAGGCCUUUACCUGAGGAAAGAUAAAGGAAAGAUGCCGAGCUCCAUAGCAUAUAAAUCAAUGGUCAUUGCUGUGUUUUCUUGUGUAUGUUUUAAAUUAUCAUGUUAAAUUAAGGGAUUGUGAAGAAAUGUAUGUUCUAAGAGCCCCCCAACCUACAAUUUUCUUAAUUAACUGCCUCACAUCACAUGUGGACGUUCCAUGAUCAUUAUCCUGGAACAAACAUUGGAUUGAAAACAAUUGGUAUGAAAAUCAUUUGCUUAAUUA